AGCAGGAAAACAGAGAGUCACACUUUGAUAUCAGCGGGCCCCGAGAAUUUGUCUAUUUUUUGGAGACAUUGGAUUCGAUGAAAGCACACUUUCCUCUUCAUUUGGAAUAUUGAUUAAAGUUAAGCGAUGGAUGCAGCGGUCCGUAUUCACGCUGCCUGGAUGAAGGCUCUGCUGCAGCUGUGUUUAUGGGGUUUGUGUUACGCUCAGAUUUCCUACUCGGUUUCUGAGGAGGCCAAGCAGGGAACCGUUGUUGGAAAUCUGGCAAAGGAUCUUAAUCUCAGUGUGCAGGAUUUGGAAUCGCGCAUGUUUGAACUUGUGACUGGAUCAAACGCCAGGUAUUUUGAGGUAAAUCGAAAAAGCGGAAUUUUAUUAGUUAAUGACAGAAUAGACCGAGAGGAGCUGUGUGAAAGCAAACAGAAAUGCGUCUUAAAUAUUGAAGCAAUGAGCCACAAUCCUCACAAGCUUUACCGUGUUGAAAUUAAUGUAAUAGACAUUAAUGACAACUCUCCGGCUUUUCCACGUCAAAUAUCUGCUUUGGAAAUUAGUGAAAAUGUACUUCCGGGAGAUCGGUUUCCAGUAAACAAGGCUCGUGACUCAGACACGGGUAUCAAUUCGGUGAAAACAUAUAAAAUACAAACAAAUGAAUAUUUUGUACUGGAUAUAGAGAAUGAUUCAGUUGAGCUCGUUUUGCAGAAACCUUUGGACAGAGAGAGAGAAUCGGUCAUUAAACUUGUGCUGACUGCUGUAGACGGCGGGACUCCUAGCAGGUCUGGAACAAUGCAGAUAAUUAUUAAUGUACUCGAUGCGAAUGAUAAUAGCCCACAGUUCACCACACCUCUGUACAAAGUCAAGGUCCAUGAAAAUGCACCCAUAGGAACAAAACUACUAACAAUUUCAGCAUCAGAUGCAGAUGAGGGUAUAAACAGCAAUCUGGAAUACUCCAUUAUAACUGUUGAUGAAAACUCGCCAGGAGAUUUAUUCUCCAUAAAUCCUAUUUCUGGUGAUAUUAUUGUCAAAGGAAACAUUGAUCAUGAGGAACGCUCCCUGAUAGAACUGAGAAUACAAGCUAAGGACAAAGGACAUCCUCCAAGAAUGUCUAGAUGCAAAGUGUUGAUUGAAGUAGUGGAUGUUAAUGACAAUGCCCCAGUGAUCUCAGUUACUCUGCUCAUGAGCUCAGUCAGAGAGGACAUCAAACCUGGCACAGAUGUUGCAUUGAUCACUGUAUCAGAUAAAGACAGUCAAGUUAAUGGUAAAGUAGAUUGUAAAAUUAUAGAUCCGAGUCCUUUUAAAUUACAGCUAUCAUAUAAAAACUCGUACGCUCUUGUUGUGAAUGAAGCUCUAGACAGAGAGCGGGACUCACGAUAUGAUGUCACAAUUGUAGCUAAUGAUGAGGGAACUCCUUCUCUCUCGAGCAGUACUGUUAUAACCCUUUAUGUCUCUGAUGUAAAUGACAACGCGCCAUUAUUUCCUGCACAUAUUAUACAUAUUAAUGUGAAAGAGAAUAGUCCAGUUGGUGGCCUGUUGGCAUCAGUAACAGCACGAGACUUAGACAUCGGUGAAAAUGCCCUUGUUUCGUAUUCAUUAUUUGAUGUUGAGAGCGGUAAAGUGUCAAAUCUGAUGAACAUUAACUCACACACCGGUGAACUGUACAGCCUGAAGACUUUUGAUUACGAAGAAAUGAAUCGACUUCAGUUUAAAGUUCAGGCCACUGACUCUGGUGUCCCUCAACUAAGUAGUAAUGUGACUGUAAAUGUUUUUAUCCUGGAUGAGAAUGACAACAGUCCAGUUUUUCUCCCUCCUUACUCUGACCCUGGAUCAAUAAACAGUGAGAACAUUCCCUACUCUGCUGAAGCGGGAUAUUUUGUUGCUAAAGUCAGAGCUGUAGAUGCUGAUUCAGGAUAUAAUGCACUAUUAUCCUAUCACAUAACUGAACCAAAAGGAACGAAUCUCUUCAAAAUCGGAACCAGCACAGGAGAAAUAAGGACUAAAAGAAGAAUGAGUGACAAUGACUUAAAAACUCACCCGCUUAUCAUUACUGUCUCAGAUCAUGGAGAACCUUCAUUGUCCACAUCUAUGAGUAUUGAAGUUGUGGUUGUGGAAAAUAUGGACAUUCUGCAGCCUUCACUACGACAUGUGCCAGUAAAGGAGGAGAAUUUUUCAAAUCUAAAUCUCUAUUUGCUCAUCGCUAUUGUCUCAGUGUCAGUGAUAUUUUUACUGAGCCUCAUCGCUUUAAUAGCAGCUAAAUGCUAUGGAACAGACGGUGCUUUCAGCAGCUCCAGCGCUCCCGUGGUCACUACACACCCUGACGGGAGCUGGUCUUACUCUAAAUCCACUCAGAAGUAUGAUGUGUGUUUUAGCUCAGACACACUGAAGAGUGACGUAGUGGUUUUCCCCUCGCCGUUUCCGCCUGCAGACGCAGAGCUGAUAAGCAUUAAUGGAGGAGAUACUUUUUCUCUGACUCAAACUCUUCCCAACACUGGAGUGGUAAGACUGUACUUACUUUAGUCCUUUUAUAAUGUUUAAGCGUUUUCGAAAUUUCUUGUUAACAU